AUGGAGCUUCAAAGGAAUGUUACAGAAUUCAUUCUUUUGGGACUCUCAACAAUUCCAGAGGUACAAAAAGUAUUGUUCCUUGUGUUCAUUAUUAUAUAUAUCAUCACCAUAGUGGGGAACCUCCUCAUUGUGGUCACCAUUGCUAGUAGCCAGGCACUAACCUCACCGAUGUAUUUCUUCCUGGCUUAUUUAUCUUUUAUUGACACUUGCUAUUCCACCUCAGUGGCCCCAAAACUCAUUUCUGAUUGUCUGUAUGAGAAGAAAACCAUCUCUUUCAAUGGGUGCAUGAUCCAACUCUUUGCAGAGCAUUUCUUUGGUGGUGCUGAGAUCAUCCUGCUCACAGUAAUGGCCUAUGACCGAUAUGUGGCUAUCUGCAAGCCUUUGCACUAUGUGACUAUCAUGAACCAGCGUCUAUGUGGCCUUCUGGUGUUACUGGCAUGGGUAGGUGGCUAUCUACACUCCAUGAUUCAGAUCCUCCUUGUCUUCCGGUUACCCUUUUGUGGUCCUAACCUGAUGGAUCACUUUGUUUGUGAUUUUUACCCACUGUUAGAGCUUGCCUGUACUGAUACCUAUGUUAUUGGUAUCUUGGUGAUGGCCAACAGUGGAGUAAUCUGCCUGGUGAACUUUUUCAUGCUUGCAGCCUCCUAUGUAAUCAUCUUGCAUUCUUUGAGGUUUCACGGUAAGGAAGGGAGAAGUAGAGCCCUCUCUACCUGUAGUUCCCAUUUCACUGUUGUCAUUUUGUUCUUUGUACCCUGUAUAUUCACAUAUGUUCGACCCAUGUGUACUCUGCCCAUUGAUAAAACUGUGGCCAUAUUCUAUGGCAUUCUUACUCCUAUGCUGAACCCUUUGAUCUACACCCUGAGAAACUCAGAGGUAAAAAAUGCCAUAAGAAAAUUAUGGGCAUAA